AGCAAACCGCAAAUGAUCAAUACAAAUUGUUCAAAAUUAAAGAUAAACAUCUAUAAACAAUAAGAUUAAUUGAAAGUUUCUUCCUCUUCAACUAAGUUUCUUCACUCUCCACUUCAUAAUAUCAACUUCAUUCUAAACAAUUAGAAAGAACAAAUUAUACAUGUCUCAACAAACAUAAAGAAUAUUAGUUGUUUAAGGAAGAUAUAUUAUUUAGAAUAUUAAAUAUACCGAAAAAGUAAUUAUAUGUGUGUGGGCGGGUUUACCUAAACCCAAACCCAACCCGACCCGAUAAAUAGUGUAGCGGAUUUAAACCCAAACCCGGCCCAAAACCCGUCAACAUGGGUUUUACCCGCGUUGACCGAAUUGAGUACCCGUGGAUUCGGGUUUUGUUGCCAUCCCUACCCCUAGUCCCCUUCCUCUCCUCUUCUUCUUCAGCUCAACCAUUCCACCACACCGUUAAUUAAUACCCCCUCCCUACUUAUUAUCAGUACUUCUCUCUCCCUCCAUUCCGAAAUUCCCCGUCAUGUCGAACUACACAGUCGAGUCCACCACAGUGGAGACCAGCGACGGAGCGGCCAAGCUCCACGCCCGGUUCUUCAAGCCAAAAGAAGCGGAAGCCAAAGCAGGCGGCGGCGGGGAUGACUUGGUGAUUGUGCUCGUGCACCCAUUCACGGUUUUGGGCGGCUGCCAAGCUCUACUGAAAGGGAUGGCAAUUCGGUUGGCCGAGAGAGGGUAUAAAGCUGUGACCUUCGAUAUGAGAGGAGCUGGGAGAUCGACGGGACGGGCUUCCCUUACUGGGUUCGCUGAAAUCAAGGAUGUGAUCGCCGUCUGCAAGUGGGUUUGUGAGAAUCUGGGCACCCGAAGGAUUCUCUUGGUGGGUUCCUCUGCAGGUUCACCAAUUGCUGGGUCUUCCGUUGAUCAGAUCGAGGAAGUUGUCGGCUAUGCAAGCAUAGGGUACCCUUUCGGAAUGCUUGCCUCGGUGCUAUUCGGGAGGCAUCACAAGGCCAUCCUACAGUCUACGAAACCAAAGCUCUUCAUUAUGGGAACACAGGAUGGGUUCACGAGCGUUAAACAGCUGCAGAACAAGUUGAAGUCUGCAGCUGGCCGAGUCGAAACCCACCUCAUUGAAGGGGCCAGCCAUUUCCAAAUGGAAGGUCCUGCUUAUGAUGCUCAGAUGGCCAACCUCAUCCUCACUUUUGCGGCUUCUUUGUAAGUGAACAACAGAUGAUGCUACGUGGCAGUAGUCUGUGUGUUCGAUCAUGGUGGUAAAUGAUGUUUCAGGUUGCGAUUUCCAUCGCCAUGUUCUUGCUACUUUGGGUGGCGUGGAGAAAUCUGUGAACCUCAUCAAAGCUUAACCCGUGAGACUAACGAUAAGGUAUAGUGGAGGUACGAUAGCAAAGCCAUUUAAGAAUUGCUAUAAACUGUGAUAAAAUCA